UGGAGACAGGCCUAACUGCAACCAGAGCAUAGAAACCAUCAUUAUCAUUUCUACUUCCGCCGCUGCCACGCGCUUUUUAACCUCUCCUGCAUUCAAGACCCCCCGGUGCGCCUCUCUCUCUGUGUUCAUCGUCGGAACCAGUUUCAGAGGUUGUCCCUAGACUUAUUGUAAUGUUUUUGAUGUUUUUAUGGUGCAAAACACACUCUUGGUAGAAUUAUUCUAUAUUUAAUGGGAAUUCGACUAAAUUAUUCUGUCUGAUUAGAAAAAAUUAUCAUUGUAAUUUUAUGUCUUAGCUGCCCUAUAGUUAACCAAUCAUUUCCAAAAAUUCAAUUUUUAUUUAUUUAUUGUUGCUGUUUUCAUUCGAAUCACAAAUUUGGCUCUUGAAAUAGAUUGAGUUGGUUAAGAAAUCAAGACGUUACAGUAAAUGAAGACAUCACGACUGUAAGCAGACUUUUUGUUGUUAAAAUACACCCCCCCCCCCCUUUCUCUCGCUUUUAUCCAUAUUCGCGAGCAUAAAGUUCUUCAGACUUUAGUGAUGCAAUACAAAGCUUAGUUUUGCAUCAGGGUAGGUCUUAGUUUCAAAUCUUCCUGAAGAACAAAAUGGGUUGCGGAAGUGGAACUCGUUCCUAACUGGGUUAACAGUAAAGCAGCUGUCGCCUGUAGGGGUAAAGUCCACUUGCAAAGGUGAUUGAAUGCCUUUUCCAUUAACUGGGUUUGUACUUGGUGAUCGCAUACUACAGAAAGUCUUAUACCCAUGUAUGAAGCAUUUGGGAUUUAGGAUUUUAUUGUGAAUUCUCUUUUAUUCAUCCUAUAUAACGCUCUUUUUUGUGUAUGUCAAUUUUUUUUUUAAUGUUUUACUAGGGGCCAUCCAAGAAGCAAGUGGGACAGCGUUAACCAAUUAAUGCAAAGAAAAAUGAAGUACUUUUUUGGAAAUGGAAAACAUAAAACAAUCUUAGGUGUAAAUUGGUUGGGCGUAGGUUGGUGACUAAUUCAAAUGUGAAUGUCGACAGUUCAUGCAGGGGUUGUAAUUUAGGAAAUAUAGGUUGGAUAAUACGAUGAAAGGAAUGCAAGGGGGUGAGAUGUUGCUGGGGUAUCAUUUUUGUCAUUUUUUGUUAUUUGGUUAGAAUGUUCUCGGUAUUGUUAAGAGGAAUGUUUAUUUGUUUAAAUGAUGUUUGGAGAUAGCUUAAAUCAAUAACGAAACCCAGGUUAGAAGGGAUCUUGCAUUGUUUUGGAGAAGAAUGUUAAGAAAGUGAAUAUAAAGGCUCAAAAGCAUAACUAACCCCGACCCUACAUACUAUUCAAUUCACAAACUAGCCCAUGAUGCAGAUUUCCUAGGUACAAAAUUAGGAGUAGAGACUCAGCAGCACCAAGAAACAAUGUUAGCAAUAGAGAGAGCAAUUCGAAGAAUCCACACGGCUGUAGAUGCUCCACGCCUCACCAGAUUUGCUCUUCAUGCUCCUAAAUGUGUAGAGGUGGGAUUUGCUGAUGGUAGCGUGUUUAAUUUGCCAGCUGAAUUUCUAAGAGUUAACAGCCCAGCUGUUGACGGAAAGAUAAGGUCUAUGGGGGGUGAAAAGGUAAUAUCAGGAAGGCGUCAUGUGGGAAUCAUGUCGGCAGAACCUGUAGGAAACUAUGGGGAUUGUGUUCGAUGAUUUGCAUAAAACUGGAAUAUAUCCGUGGGACUAUUUCUAUCAUCUUGGGAGUAACAAGUUUACCCUCAUGAAAAAUUAUAU